CCUCUCCACACCAACAAUCAGGCAAGAACCCCCUCGGACACAUCCACAAGCACACAAUGGCUACUGCUGUCGAGACUGUUACCCCCAUCUCCGCCCCGAUGGUCGAAGAAGCGCCUGCGCCCGCGUCGCAAGAGGUCAAGACAAGCAAUGCAGAGGCGGCGACAGAGGCCGAGGCUGAGGUCGAGGAGGUUGAGCAGCAAGAGGAGGUCGACGACGAGGCCGGCUCGUCAUCGCCGUCCAACAAGCGCAAGCGCUCGCCGCGCAAGGCAGCCGAGAAGGCCCGCCAGUCGCUGAAGCAGAGCGCUGACGACAACAACGACGAUGACGACGAUGACGACGACAACGACGCAGAUGACGAAAGCGACGGCGGUGAUGACGACGAGGAUGACGAUGAUGACUUUGAUCCCGAGGCCGAAGACGACGAUGACGAGGACGACGACGAGGACGAGGACGCGUCGCCCACGAAGAAGCAGAAGACGCUGUAAAGUAAACGCAGCAAAGCCUCA